AUGCCGCUCUGCACCCUCCACCUGCUGGAGCUACACAACACAGCACCCAUUCCUCUCCUGACCUUCCUCUCAGCUCUCAAAUCUUCAAACGCAUCACCUCUAGUAGUCUCCCGCGUGAUAAGAUGGAUUAUCCUCCCCACACAUCUCUCAACCGAGCAUCUCCUAGCCAGAAACACCAGCUGGGAUAUCCUACUCAUCCUACCCACCACCGACCCUCUUCCCCCUUCCGUUGCGAAACUAGUGCGCCAUCACUGGAGCGUAACUGCUGGCGUCCCAUCACGCCUCACGCAAGCCUUUCACUCCAAAAACGUAAAACUACUACACCCCGAUGCUUCUUCAGUACCCAAACUCGUUGAAGACCAGAGCGCGAACAAGACCACGAAGUCAGCGCAGAGCCUAGAGUUGAGCGCCGAGCUGAACGAAUGGAUCAACGAAUUUGUACGGAGCAGUGGAAAAGAGGGAACAGGUGCGGUAUCCAUGUUCAAUCUCCUCGCUUUCAAACCCGGUAUGAAAUCUGAAUAUCUCAAGUACGGUGCUGCGUUUGCGGAGUCCAUUGGCUCUCGGCACGGUGGGAACGCGAAGAUUGUAGGCAAUGUAACGCACGUCAAUGGCAUUGCCAAGUCUAAGGAGGAGGAGGAUAGUGUUAGGGAUGAUUGGGAUGAGAUUGCCCUGGCGCAUUAUCCUAGUAUUCGCCAUUUCAGGGAGAUGUUGGUUAGCGCAGAGUAUCAGGAGGUCAAUAAGAGAUAUCGCGUACCGAGUUUGUGGGAUACGUGUAUUUUAAUGACGAGUGAAAUUGCGGUUGAAGAGUUGAUGAUAGGCAGUGAAGGGGCGAAAUUGUGA